AUGAGUUCUCUUUAUAGUUUUGAGAAAGCCAUUGCUACUUCUGCAGCGAUCCGAGCUGAGCUAGAGAAGAAGAAACAAAAGAAGAAGGAAAGAGAGCAAGAAAUAGCAGAUGAAGAAGAUGAAGAAAGAAACUCAUCAGCAGAUGCUGCAAAGAUGAAGCAGGAGAGAAACAAGCUUGAGCGUAUCAAACAAGCAGAGAAGAAAAAGAUGCAUAUAGAGAAAGCCAUUGCUAUUUCUGCAGCCAUCAGGGCUGAGUUACAGAAGAAGAAGCUAAAAGAGAUAGAGGAACAAAGGAGAAUUGACGAGGAAGGUGCCGCCAUUGCAGAGAAGUAAAAGAGAUGUCUCGAAAAAGCCAUUGCUACUUCUGCAGCUAUCCGAGUAGAGAUAGAGAAGAAGAAACAAAAGAAGAAGGAAAGACAGAAAGAAUCAACAAAUGAAGAAGAUGAAGGGAAAAAUGAUGCAAAGAUGAAGCAGGAGAGAAACGAACUUGAGCGUAUCAAACAAGCAGAGAAGAAAAAGAUGUGCAUAGAGAAAUCCAUUGCUACUUCUGUAGCCGUCAGGUCUGAGCUAGAGAAGGAGAAGCUAAAAAAGCUAGAGGAACAAAAGAGAUUGGACGAGGAAUGUGCAGCCAUUGCAGAGGCGGUUGCUCUGCAAGUCUUACUUGGUGAAGACUGUGAUGACUCGUAUCGAAUCAUGCUAAACCAAGAAACGGGUUUCAAAGCAUGGGACUAUACAUCCAGUUUCGACUUUAACCCAUGGCGAGUGAGGCGAUUGCCCUGGGUUUAA